AUGGCUGCCCAAGCUUUACACCCGGAUGCAGAGGAUAAGCAUGGCUCUCACUCAGUGGUCGAGUCAUCUCAACCUAGUACCCGUUUUUCGUUUUUUCGGUCAAUUCCCUUUCAGAUCGCUAUUGCUAGCGCCGUUUCUUUCACUGCUCCAGGCAUGUGGGAUGCCCUGAACAACCUGGGAGCAGGUGGUGCAGCAGAACCGUAUGCUGUGUCGGCGGCAAAUGCUCUGGUCUAUGGAUUGUUCGCGAUCGUGUGUGUCGCAGCGGGAGCUAUCAACAACCGCAUCGGCCUCCGUUAUGGUCUAACACUCGGAGCUAUUGGUUACCCCAUCUAUGGUGCUGGCCUUUACACAAACAACAAUUCGGCCAACACGUGGUUCAUGCUCUUCGGCAGUGCUCUUUGUGGUAUCUCUGCUGGUUUCUUCUGGGCAGCAGAGGCUGCAAUUAUUAUUGGAUACCCUAGCCCUCACGAGCGUGCAUUUUACCUUGCCAUCUGGCAAACCGCAAAGGCCGCCGGGCCAAUUGUGGGAGGUGCAAUCAACUUGGGCCUCAAUGCACAGACUUCUACCUCAGGAUCCGUCAGCUCCAGUACUUACAUCGUGUUCAUUGUCAUCAUGUGCCUUGGACUUCCUAUCGCGCUCUUUCUCAGUCCAGCUGAGAAGGUGCAGCGCAAGGACCGAACUUUGGUGCUUGUGCAUAAGCAAGCCUCCUGGGCUGCUGAAUUCAAGGCAGCUAUUUCGUUGAUUGCUAGUCGUCGCGUCCUGCUUCUCCUUCCCGCCUUUUUCAUCAGCUACUUCUACAAUGGCUUCCUCAGCACGUGGCUCACCACCUACUUCACCGUUCGAGCUCGCGCAUUCUCCUCCUUCUUCACCAACUUCGCCGGCAUUGCCUCGUCAUUUAUCAUUGCUGGUCUCCUCGAUCGGCAAGGUAUUCACAUCAAGACCCGCGCCAAGAUUGCCUUCAUUUCUAUCGUGGUCCUUCUGACGGGCACCUGGAUUUGGGCUUCUAUUCUCCAAAAUCAAUUCUACAAUGCUCCCGAGUCCCCCGUUUUUGACUGGUUCAAGGGUGGGUUCGGAAAGUCAUACGCUCUCGUCUUCUUCUGGACCUUCGGCGGCCAGGCAUUUCAACAGUUCCUUUACUGGCUCAUUGGUCAAUACAGUACCGAUAUCUCGUCGCUGUCCUAUCACUGUGGUAUUCUCAGAGGGUUCGAGGCUCUGGGUCAAACCGUUGCCUGGGCCAUGCAGUCGGAAGGUGGUGCCAAUCACUUUGUCAGCAUUGGCCUCAACUUCGGAAUUACCCUUCUCAGCGUUAUUCCAACUUGGAUCGUUUUGUCUGAGCUUGAACACAGCCAUGAGGUUCAAGUAAGCGCAGACUAUGUAACAUCCAAGAUCCAAGAUGAGACACAAGCUUGA